UUCCUGCAGCUGGAUUCAUACGGGAGAGGUAGUGAUUGUAUUGAGGCACUGAGAAAUGAAGUUUUGACCUGUGAUCUCGGGUAGCUGAGUAUCUCCUAAACGCCGCGUCAGCAUUGGAGCCCACCGCUGAGUAGGCCUAGUUUAUGAAAAUUCUGACUGAAAUUAAGUUUUAUGCACAGGGACACCCUUUUUCUUGAGUGUACGAUUCAGAUCUAAUUCAGGGAUAACUUAAACUUUCUUGUAUACUCAUCUCCUUGGUCCCUGUUAAGGGAAGGAUACCUCCUCUUCCCGCAAAUCACUGCGUGAAACUUCGUAUGUGGACAAGUGGAUGAGCUUGGUACGGGAUUUGUAGCGGUCACGGAACGCGUUACAAAAGCAAGAGAAUCUAGUAUCUGGAGUUCAUAACCAUUACAACACCCAAUUUCCUUCACAGCUCCGAGUCGUUUCACGUGUGCUAGCGUAGACUGUACUUGUUGCUUGUGAACUGUAAUAUGUUUCUUUCCGUGUCUCUGGCAAAACAGAUAAUUGAAUCUCAAGAGGCUCCUAUUAAUAGCACUACCAGCAGGCGAGGCAACAGCGCUUUCCAGUGGCCACACCGAUAUUUUCAGUUUCGCAGUACGAGUUAAGUGCGCUGUUUUACACCCUGCCUUGUUUAGGAAGCGAGAAAAAAAUUAAUAAAAAAUACCGAGCGAGGAAAUGGCGUCAAUAAAGCUUUGAUUAAUAUGUUCUCUGAAAUAGCAUCACGUGUGCACAUCGUGUAGCCUAAUUAAAUUUUAAAGAAUUUAUUCUAGAGGUUUGCUGUAAUUUUUCAGGAAUUCCUGAAUGUGCUACGUGAUGCACAGGUAGGGUAGGACUAUGGAUUAGGGAUAUGCAUUUGCUCCUUUUUCCUUUUUGCAACCACGGAAGCAAACAGUGACAUAUUUAAUAAUCUGUUUAGUAUACAGCAGCCAUUGUAAAUGCUGUCUGCAACUCCACAUAUAAAACACCAGUGUAAAAAAAACAACUCUCAGCAUUUUUCUUUGAUUGAACACAGGGUUCGACAUCGUUCGGUUGAAUCCGUCCACACGCUCGCUUUUUCAGAAGGUAACGUAACUUCCUUGUCAUCGACUCAGCCGAGGAUUGGUUAAUGCAACAGGAAGUGAUAAGUGUAAACGAGUUGACAGUUUCUUAUGUUUUCGACUUCCACUUCGCAGCGUGCAUUUAUUUUCGCGGUGUAUAAUAAAUCAAGCAAGGAUUUUAAAAAAAAGCUAAUAUCGCUUUGAAGUGCAGUUACUACUUGUCGUGGCAAAAUGGCUAUGUCGUCUUCUCAGCAGCUCGUGGUCGCUUUCACCGCUGUGCUUUUCGUGUUCGUGGUAUUCCCAAGGAUGUUUGGCAGCGGUGCAGGAUCAAAGGAAACAAGAGGCUUCGACCCUCGCUAUAACAGGAAAGGUCCAGGUCUCAGCCCGGGUCCACGAGGACAUCAGUUGAACGCGAACACGGCAGGAUCAAAGGGGCAGACAAUCGAGAACAUGCAGCAGAUGAGGAAAGUUAUGGAGCAGGAAAUGAAGAGCGAGAAAUACAAAGCGAACAGCAAGGGCUACGUCUUCACUCUUAUGCCGCUCUAUGCCAUCGGAGUAGGGAUCUUUGCGGUGUACAAGUUCAUAAAGAUUAAAUCAAAAGAGGACACCAAGACUGCAAAGGAGAAAACUGGCAAAGGUACAAAAAAGCCAGAGGAGACAGAAAACCAGCUGAAUGAACUGGAGCAGCGCUUGGCACAGACAGAAAAGAUGCUGAAUUCAAUACUCACUCAGCUGGAUCCACUGACAAACUGUGUGAAGUCUGUGGCAUUUGAGCAGAAGAACGAGAUCAUGUCCCAGCUGCAGAGCAUCAGGCACCUGAUGAAAAAGAGGGGCAUGGACUGUCCACCAAUCAACCUCGAAGAAUCCGGGUGCGAGAAGAACCUGGACGACCUCAUCGAGUCUCUGACCGCCCAGGAGCCGCGGCCGGAGGUCCCCGCGGCAGAGGAGGACGAGGGGAACGUCGGCGCCGAGGGCAGGACGGAGGGCGCUGAAGAAUCUCCUCUCGAGGACAAAGUAAACAAUGAGGAGGAGGAGGAGGAGGAGGAAGAGCAGGGAGGAGGAGGCUGCGACCAUGACCUCGACAUGCCCUCCUUAGAGGACUCCUGUGAGACAAACAUCGAGGAGGUCGGGAGACUUCCGAGCGAAAGUCUGGGAACUGGCCUGAGGCGACGCAACAGACCGGAAUGAAAACAUGUUUUUACUCUGGAUAUGAAUUUCUGAUUAUUUAUUUUUUUCAUGCGCAGUGUGGCGAUGGCCUGUUAGAAGACUCUUCCUCUUCACUGCAAGACACGUGUGGAAAUCCGGGAUGCAAAAAGCUUUGUUACUGCAUAUUUAUCGUGUGAAACCAUCAUAUUGUGAUGUAGUUAAGUGCUUCAUGACCGUUUUAUUACAUAAAGCUUUUAAAAUGCUGUCAUAUCAGAAUGCUGGCCUGUAGGAUUAAUAUCUGAAAGUUCUCAAUAAUAUAUAUUUGUAAUAUUUUUUAGAUAUGACUGCAAUGGCACGAGCCUCUUUUGGCAUGCACUGUGUUUGAAUGCAUAUAGUAUAUAUACACAUACUGCAUGCUGUCAUUGUUAGAAGUUUUAAUUCCCUAUCCUAAUGAAUGCAGUGUAUUUAUUGUGUGGGAUUAUUGCAAGUCGAGUACUCUUACCUGUCCAUGAACACGGGGGGUUGGUUUUACGGACACCCGCUGGCCAUUUCAAGAGCCGGUCUAGAAGGUCUGUUUCCACGCCACUCAGAUCUUGAACGCGUUAUAUUUAUGUGCACUUAUUCUUGAGUAUUUAUUAAGCAAAUGCUAUCGUGCAGCGAAACCUACCUUCAUUAGCCUAAUGGCUAAAUAAAGUCCCUCAGGGCUCUGACUCUCCUUGUAGAUCAUACAAUUUCAGACCUCAAUUUCAGGGAGAGCAACAAAUGAAGACCAGAAUAAUUUCUGAGUAAGAGAAAUCAAGAAAUUAGCCUCUACGCUAUUAAAUAAAUAACUGAUAAUGCCGGCUUUGAAUAAAUUUACACUAUCAAUCAAGACAUAAUUAGCCAUUUAUCAGUUUAACAAUUGUUGUAUGGACUUGGGAAAUAAGAAAAAAAGACAUAUAGAUGUCUUCACCACUACAGAUUCACAUUUGUUUGUCUAUAUUUUGUAUGGUAUGGCCUGUGAUAUAUUGUCUUAAACUGUCUUUCGAUUUUCUUCACAGAUAUUUGUGUGUGGACAGGAGCACUGUGGCAUUAUGAGAAGCAAACCAUUUUGAAAUAACUGAGUGAACACUAUGCCUUACUGAAAUAAAUUAUAUGGUUCACAUAAUAUACUUUAACCUUUCA